GAAUGGAGAAGAAGUCUGUAUGAAAUAUUGGCCUCCAAACGAAGGAGGCAAGGGGCAGUAUGGUGAAUACAAGGUCACUCUGCAGAUGGAAAAAAUCUCGAAAAACUUUGUAGUUAGAAAGCUUCACAUAACUCCUAAUGAUGGAAGGGAAGGCCGUGUUGUGACUCAGUUCCAGUACACUGCUUGGCCUGAGAGUGAGUGCCCUCCUGAUACUGGAUCAGUCAUUGAGAUGAUUGGCGAACUAACUAGAGCUCAAAUGAACUCUGGAAACAAAGUGAUCACUGUUGUAUGCAAUAAUGGUGCUGGUAGAUCUGGUGCUUUCUUGUGCUUACACUCUCAACUGGAGAGACUCAAAACUGAAGGAGAAAUUGAUAUAUUUAAGUAUCUCAAAAGUGCUAGGACCAAACUCAUUGGACUGCUGUCAGAUCCAGUGCAGUACGUAUUUGUUCAUGAAGUGAUUCUGUCUUACAUUGACUCAUUUGAUCUUUAUGCUAAUUUUAAGCGUGUCUAGUUUUUCUUGCUCCAAAAUUUUUAACAGAAUUAUCAUUGUAUACCAGGAUUGUAAAUAACAGAAGAAUUAUUAUUUUUACUAAUUAUUGUGUAUUUUUAUAAAUUUUUAAACGCCUACACACUGUUAAU